UUCCUUCUGGUGUCACUUCACCCUCUCUUUAAAGAUGGGUCCUUAUGCUUUUCCUAAAUUCAGGCUGACAAUUAUGUAAAUUGCAUGGAUACCUGGACUACCACUGUGAGAAUUAUCUCGUAUUUUUCUUUGUUCUCAUUACUGAUUUCUAUCUCCAUAUGGAAUCAAGAUGAAAUUCCACUCAGUCGUCCCAAAAAAAGAAAGCCCAAAGGAAAGACUCCAUUAGAUGGCAUUGUCCAAGCAACUGUUCGUCGGCAGUCUGAAAGCAGUGAGCCCCUAACUCCUGAACCUCAUGAUGUCCCUCCUCAGAGGAAACGUAAAAAGAAGAAAGUGCCUCCUGAUUCUGAGACCUCUUUUACCCAGCAGAAUGUUGCAUCCUUAUUUCAGAAUGGAAAUGGCAUGGAUAUUCCUGAAGCUGAAGAAACAGUGAUCCGUAAACAGAGAAAAAGAACAAAGAAACCUCGGCCAGCAGAAAUGCACUGUUCCAAUGAGCUGGAGGUGGAGGAGGAAGACAUCAUUGAAGAUGAGCACAGAAAGAGCCCAGAUCAGCAGCCUGUGUUUGCUGCUCCCACUGGAAUUAGCCAGCCUGUUAGCAAGGUGUUUGUUGAAAAAAAUCGGCGUUUUCAAGCAGCUGACCGUGCAGAAUUGAUUAAAACCACUGAAAAUAUCAAUGUAUUUAUGGAUGUGAAGGCUUCGUGGACCACUAGAGAUGUCGCCCUCUCAGUACACCGAAGUUUCAGGGUGAUCGGACUCUUUACCCACGGCUUUCUUGCUGGGUAUGCUGUAUGGAACAUCAUUGUUAUCUACAUUUUGGCAGGAAAUCAACUUUCCACAGUUUCUAACCUGCUCCAGCAGUAUAAGACUCUAGCAUACCCAGCUCAAAGUUUGUUCUACUUGUUGCUGUCUAUCAGUACAGUCUCAGCCUUUGAUAGGAUUGAUUUGGCAAAAGCAUCAGUUGCGCUGAGGGGUUUUCUUACCCUAGACCCAGCAGCAAUAGCUUCAUUCUUGUACUUCACUGCUCUUAUCUUAUCCUUAAGUCAGCAGAUGACAUGUGACAGAAUUAACCUCUACACACCACCUUCGGAAAACGGCAGCAUCUGGAUGGCAGGUACAGAGGAAGAAAUUCUUCAGCCAUGGAUUGUGGUGAAUCUGGUAGUGUCUAUUCUAGUUGGGGCAAGUUGGAUCUUCUUGUCUUACCGACCAGAGCUAGACCAUAGUGAAGAACUGAUGUUUCAUGCUGAAAUCGAGGAAUUUCCCCAGGGAGAUAUCAUACCCAGAGUCCAGCCAUAGUGUGGAACAUGCACCUUGUAGCUGUAACUAACUGAUGGCUCAACACUUGUUGUAUUGUAACCAUGUAUUAUAACUUUCAUAAAGCAAAAUAUGUAUUUUUGUAUUGUACAUAUUUGAUGGAUCUUUUAUGUAUGCUACUUUUUAAAUACACAAAUGUGACUGAAAAUUUUUAUACUUCUGCUUUUUUUUUUUUAUAAAGUAGAUUAGUACAUAAAGUCAAGGUGCUUUAGUAUAUGUUGCUACCUAGACAGCCAAAGGAAAUAGAUGGAAACAGAAGAUCCACUAUUUAGUGCUUUUUUGACUGAUUUUUUUUGACUCAUGCUGAUAGCAGUUGAGGUUAAAAAAAGCUAAGAGUUAACAAGCAUGGUAAAAUAAUACUUGGUUUUAAUUGUCAUAAAAAGUAUUUUCUAGACCUAGGGGGUUUGAUUGUCAGGGAUUUUGAUAUUUCCUUAAAAGAAAACAAUUUAUUCUUCAUCUUCUUCAUUUAGUUCUCUUGACAGAGAUGCUGAUAAUACCAAGUUCUUUCAAGGUGACGUAGGUAAAGGAAACAAAAGUUUUGAAAUUCACAGCAUUUCAGUCAGGAAAUGAAUACUUAGAUACAGUAGCGUGGUUUUGGUUUGCCAACAAGAUGUGUGUCCUGUAAUGUCUUGAUAGUCAGGUUGCAUAAAAAUUACAAAACUGAUUUCUCCUUAUCUUGUAUGGUUUGAGCAAUAGUGUUAUUCUGAAGUGUCUUUCUAAAGAAACUUGAAUUUCACAGAUGUUAAAAAUAUUACUACUUCUACCUGUUUUGCUGGAAAAUGAUUUCUCCCCAAAGGAUUUUUGUUGUUUUGUGUUAGGAUGAAAUUGGAAACUUCUCCUAAACUAAAAUUAUUAGGUUAUGUUAUUAAAGCAAAGCAGAAACCCUCCAGCAACCAGUGUUCUGCAUAACAAUGUAGUGGUAAUAGUGGCUGUUGGUGGUUUUUGAUGAUGACAGUCAAUGUUGUUUUUCUUCGGUAUUAAAGUGGCAAAAUGAAAGCAUUGAAGAUGUGAAUAAAUAGAUGUCUUGUAGGAUGAAACAGUCUUCUUAGUAGACAUAGGCAAGAGCUAGUUUGAAAUCUAUUUCCGAAGCAAAUGUCACACAAAACUAGUUGUAUAUUUUAUUUAAUAUGUGUUGAGUUUUGCAUUAUUUUAUUUAAUGUGUGUCUGAGAUUUUUUAUACCCGUUGGCUGUAUUCUAGGGCAUUCACUUUGUUGUGGGAAGGAGAUGUUAAGUUUUUUUGUCAGUUGUUACGGUUCUUAAGUAUUUUCACAAAACUGUAGAGCUCAAUUAUAGCUGGCACUGCAUUGUACAUUAAAAUGGAGAGAGGGGUGCUGCUACCUGCCACUGUAAUACUGGAAGUUCUUGUGGCUGUAGGAAAUAGGGGAUGAGGCGCUACUUAGGGUUCCCAUGUAGGUUUCCACCACAGUGGGAAACACACAUCACAAUUUCUUCAAAUGUGGUGUUUACAGAAUUACUGAACUCCUGAAGAUGAGAUUAAUAAUGGCUUUCUUAUUAAUGUCUGUGCUGAUUGAUGUUUGUCAUCUUGGCAUGAUAAAAAGUAUAUUUUUCCCAUAAAGUGUGUAGAUUAGACACAACGGUGUUAAGGGAUCAAAUCAGUGUAGGAAAGAAAUUGAAUAAAAUUACUGUUUGAUUUAAUUUCUGAAAUUAUUAUUGGGAAUUGGCCUCCUAAGUAUCCCUUGAACAAAGUAACGUUAGCCAGGAGCCAGAUUUGUUCUCAUUGUGAAAUAUAAUAGUUUGUUUAGAUGGUUGAGCAGGGAUUAAAUAAUUUAACUUAAUGAGAUCAAUAUUUCAAACCAUUGCCUUUCCAUUUUAUAUUUUUUGGAAGGCCUGAGUAUAAAUGUAUAUGAAUGAAUGAGGUUUGAGUUUUGCCAUUUAAAAUCACACUUAGGUAAAUAACUUGGUGGUUAAUCACCUAUUUUUCAAGGUACUUUUCAUUCCAUUAAGCCUCACAAUGGAGUUCAACAGUGCUUUUUUGUUGUAGUUACUUGGAAAAUUUUAGAACAUUUUAAAUUUUACAGAAUAUGUGUUUAAUUACAGAACAUGCGCUGUAGGAGCCUUAAUUUAAAUGCUUCUGUGCAUUUCCAUACCCUUGUUUCUAAUGGGGUAUUUUUGUGUUGAAAAAAUUGAAGAAAUGUUAGUGCCAUUUUCUUGUUUUUAAGUAUCUGAAACAAUAACUGAUCUGAACUCCUGUUAGAAAUGAUUGUACUACUACGUACUGUUUCCAAAUGAUUAGUUUGUUUAAAAUAAAUCAGUCUUUUUUUUU